AUGACUCUGGAAGAAACUAUGCUGAAUGAAGAACUUGGGAAUGUUGAUUUAUCUAAAAUAACAGCUCUCCAGCACAAACGAACGAUAGCUUUCGUAAACCAUUUUGUGUUGACCAAUGUACAGUUUAUGAACAAUUUCAUGAAGAAAUGUGAACAACAUCUGAUGAACUUUGAGAGGAAACUCGAAAAAGUCAAUGCUGCGAUGGUCUUAUUGGAAACCAGGUUAUCAUCCAUUCCAGAACUGAACACGCCUACUGCUACAACUCAACCAGAUUUGAUCGACUCAAAUCUGAAAACUGAAGAAACCCAAGACUCCUCUUCAAAGGAAGAACCACAGCAGAUUAAUGAUUCAUCCAAGGCAACAGAAACCGUUGUUGCAACUAAACAAGCCAGGCCCGAGUAUGACAGAUUUGUAAAAAUGGUGCAAGUAGGGGUACCAUUACCGGCUGUUAAGUUAAAAAUAUCUUUAGAAGGCCUAGAUCCUAAUGUUUUAGAUGAAAUAUUAGGCAAAUAA